AUGUGGAAAGCAUCGGCAGGCCACGCGGUGUCCAUCACCCAGGAUGACGGGGGAGCUGACGACUGGGAGACCGACCCCGAUUUUGUGAACGAUGUGAGUGAGAAAGAACAAAGAUGGGGCGCCAAAACCGUGCAAGGCUCCGGGCACCAGGAGCACAUCGACAUACACAAGCUGAGAGAGAAUGUUUUCCAAGAACAUCAGACCCUUAAGGAGAAGGAACUCGAAACAGGACCAAAAGCCUCCCGUGGCUACGGAGGGAAGUUCGGUGUGGAACAAGACAGGAUGGAUAAGUCAGCUGUCGGCCAUGAAUAUCAGUCGAAACUUUCCAAGCACUGCUCGCAAGUUGACUCUGUCCGGGGCUUCGGAGGCAAGUUCGGUGUCCAGAUGGACAGAGUCGAUCAGUCUGCCGUGGGCUUCGAAUACCAGGGGAAGACCGAGAAGCACGCGUCCCAGAAAGACUACUCGAGUGGCUUUGGUGGCAAAUACGGCGUGCAGGCUGACCGUGUGGACAAGAGUGCCGUGGGCUUCGACUACCAGGGCAAGACGGAGAAGCACGAGUCUCAGAGAGAUUACUCCAAAGGUUUUGGUGGCAAGUACGGUAUCGACAAGGACAAAGUGGACAAGAGUGCCGUCGGCUUUGAGUAUCAGGGGAAGACGGAGAAGCACGAGUCCCAGAAAGACUAUGUGAAAGGGUUUGGAGGAAAAUUUGGUGUGCAGACAGACAGACAAGACAAAUGUGCCCUUGGCUGGGAUCACCAGGAGAAAUUGCAGCUGCAUGAAUCCCAAAAAGAUUAUAAGACUGGUUUCGGAGGCAAAUUUGGUGUUCAGUCCGAGAGGCAGGACUCUUCUGCUGUGGGGUUUGAUUACAAGGAGAAGCUGGCCAAGCACGAGUCCCAGCAAGACUACUCCAAAGGAUUCGGGGGAAAAUACGGGGUGCAGAAGGAUCGGAUGGACAAGAACGCAUCCACCUUUGAAGAUGUCGCCAAGGUGUCCCCUGCUUACCAGAAGACGGUGCCUGUUGAAGCUGUGACCAGCAAAACCAGUAACAUCAGAGCUAACUUUGAAAACCUCGCUAAGGAGAAGGAACAGGAGGACAGACGGAAGGCAGAAGCGGAGCGAGCCCAGCGGAUGGCGAAGGAGAGGCAGGAGCAGGAAGAGGCCCGGAGGAAGCUAGAGGAGCAAGCCCGCGCCAAAGCGCACACCCCGCCUGUGUCCCCCGCUCCCCAGCCGGCCGAGGAGAGGCAGCCGCCGAGCCCCGUCUAUGAGGACGCAGCUUCAUUCAAGGCAGCGCCGAGCUACAGAGGCUCCGUGAGCGGUAGUGAGCUGGAGCCUGCGUAUGGUGUGGAGGCCGCCGACUACCGAGAGCCCGGCAGCCAGCAGGGCCUGGCCUAUACCCCAGAGGCCGUCUACGAAAGCACAGAGGCCCCGGGCCACUACCCAGCAGAGGAGAACGCCUACGACGAGUACGAGAACGACCUGGGCAUCACGGCCAUUGCCCUCUACGACUACCAGGCCGCGGGCGAUGACGAAAUCUCAUUUGACCCCGACGACAUCAUCACCAACAUAGAAAUGAUCGACGACGGCUGGUGGCGCGGGGUGUGCAAGGGCAGGUACGGGCUCUUCCCGGCCAACUACGUGGAGCUGCGGCAGUAGGCGGCGCGGCCCGCGGCCCAUGCUGCGCGUCAGGCCUUCCUCCGUUCUGGGUUUUCGGUGGAUUUUUUUGUUUGUUUUUGUGGUUUUUUUUUUUUUUUUGGUUUGUUUUAUUUUUUGAUGGUGGGGAGGGGAAUACACAUAUUGCUUUUAUAUUUAAUACUUUUGCUGAUGCUUUUGAAAAUGUUUAUGCCACAGAAUUUGCUAAUAUAUUGUAAUCAUGUUCCUUAGGAGGACUUUGGUAAUUGUUUUUAUGCAUUUAAGGUAUUUUCUUUUUUUGCCAAAUUGACUGUCACGUGCAGCGACUUCAGGGGCCUUUAGUUCUCUUGAGUUCAGUAGUGUGUGUCCCUGUGGGCAGCCGCGAUUCCCCAGGACAAACACGAGUGCUUUCAGGUCAGUGUCUGCGGCUGUCAGGCAGGAAUGACUGUCGGGCGAGCGUCUCUAGGGUCUCCGUGUCUGGAGGAAGGGGGCAGGGCCUGUGGGAGUUAGACUGGAGGUCGCCUGCCAGGAAGGAGGGAUCACCCUGCGCACGUCACACGGUGACAGCCCAGAGAAUUGACGGCUUUAGCAAGGACCCUGCCUCUCUCCCGUUCCGGUGGCUCGGCUGGUCCUUGUCUCCACCCCUCCCCGCCGCUUGUGUCCCCAGGGGAGCUGCUGCGGGGCCUGUGCCUCCGCCCUGCCUCGCAGUGGCACUGAGUCUUCACACCGCCCCCUCUUGGUCAUCUCCAGACCACGGCCCACAGUGACAGGCUCUGGGGCCUUACUGGUGAGGUUGCAGCUCGUGCUGGGCUUGGCUUGCUGGCACGAGGGUCGUGUCUGGACUGUCACCUGGACAAUCGCUGGGCAGCCUGGGGUGGUGCGUGUCUGCCGUGUGGCAGGCCAGCCGCAUAGCUGUGGGAAGGCAGUGCCCCCUCUGUUGUAAACUGCCACAAACAUUCUUCCCAUCAAGGGGUUGUGCUGUUUUUGCCAAAAUAUGUUCAAUUACUGUAAAAGUUGAUCAAUUGACAGCUAAAAAUAAGAAGUGCAAAUGAGUGAGUGUGUUCCUACCCAGGGUGCCGUGGUGGUUCUGGACACUGCUGUCCCUGGGCACUGUGGCCACUUGCUGCCUGGGAAACGCAUCUUCCUCCCAAGAAAGCAGGGCUGGACCAAUGUGAUCGUGCACAGUCUGGUGGACAGUGUGUCUUUCCAAAAGAUCACGUAGAAAUGUCUCAGGUAUUCGGGACAUUCAGUGGUUGUGAUAGACGUGUUUUCCUUCCUGAAGUGCAUUUCUGCAUAAUCCUUGCUUUACCACAAUUAGGUCGGGUUUUAUAUGCAACUUAUUGUAUCUGAAUUCCUGUAGCACACCUCAUAGGUAUGAUUUUUUUAAAUUAAAUACUCAGAAUAAACUUUUUUUUGAUCCACUUG